AUGGCGGAGACCAAGAUCAUCUACCACAUGGACGAGGAGGAGACGCCGUACCUGGUCAAACUGCCCGUGGCCCCGGAGCGCGUCACGUUGGCCGACUUCAAGAACGUGCUCAGCAACCGGCCGGUGCACGCCUACAAAUUCUUUUUCAAGUCCAUGGACCAGGACUUCGGGGUGGUGAAAGAGGAGAUCUCAGAUGACAAUGCCAGGCUGCCCUGCUUCAAUGGCCGAGUGGUCUCCUGGCUGGUCCUGGCUGAGGGCGCACACUCAGAUGCGGGGUCUCAGGGCACGGAUAGCCACACAGACCUGCCCCCACCUCUCGAGCGGACGGGGGGCAUUGGGGAUUCCCGGCCCCCCUCCUUCCACCCAAAUGUGGCCAGCAGCCGAGACGGGAUGGACAACGAGACUGGCACCGAGUCCAUGAUCAGCCACCGGCGGGAGCGAGCCCGACGCCGGAACCGUGAGGGCCGCGAGGACGCCUCCCGGACCAACGGGCACCCGAGGGGCGAGCGGCGACGGGACUUGGGCCUGCCCCACGAGAGCGCGUCCACUGUGAUGAGCAGCGAGCUGGAGUCCAGCAGCUUCAUUGAUUCUGACGAGGAGGACACCAGCCGGCUGAGCAGCUCCACGGAGCAGAGCACCUCCUCUCGGCUGAUCCGCAAGCACAAACGGCGGCGCCGGCGGCAGCGUAUGCGACAGACAGACCGAGCCUCAUCUUUCAGCAGCAUCACGGACUCGACCAUGUCGCUGAACAUCAUUACUGUCACGCUCAACAUGGAGAGGCACCACUUCCUGGGCAUCAGCAUCGUGGGCCAGAGCAAUGACCGCGGGGACGGUGGCAUCUACAUCGGCUCCAUCAUGAAGGGAGGGGCCGUGGCUGCCGACGGCCGUAUCGAGCCUGGUGACAUGCUGCUGCAGGUGAACGAUGUCAACUUCGAGAACAUGACCAAUGACGACGCAGUCCGGGUGCUUCGGGAGAUCGUGUCACAGACGGGGCCCAUCAGCCUCACAGUGGCCAAGUGCUGGGACCCAACCCCCCGGAGUUACUUCACCAUCCCAAGGGCUGACCCGGUGCGGCCCAUCGACCCAGCUGCCUGGCUGUCCCACACGGCGGCACUGACUGGCGCCCUGCCCCGCUAUGGUACGAGCCCCUGCUCCAGCGCCGUCACGCGCACCAGCUCCUCCUCACUAACCAGCUCUGUGCCUGGCGCUCCGCAGCUGGAGGAGGCACCCCUAACUGUGAAGAGUGACAUGGGCGCCGUCGUGCGGGUCAUGCGGCUGCCGGACUCAGGGCUGGAGAUCCGAGACCGCAUGUGGCUCAAGAUCACCAUCGCCAACGCCGUCAUAGGGGCGGACGUGGUGGACUGGCUCUAUGCCCACGUGGAGGGCUUCAAGGAGCGGCGUGAGGCGAGGAGGUACGCCAGCACCAUGCUGAAGCACGGCUUUCUGCGGCACACCGUCAACAAGGUCACUUUCUCGGAGCAGUGCUACUACGUCUUCGGGGACCUGUGCACCAAUCUCGCAGCCCUAAACCUCAACAAUGGCUCCAGUGGGGCCUCAGAUCAAGAUACGCUGGCCCCGCUGCCCCACCCAGCUGCCCCUUGGCCGCUGGGCCAGGCCUUCCCCUAUCAGUACCCAGGGCCUCCACCUUGCUUCCCACCUGCCUACCAGGACCCUGGCUUCAGCUAUGGCAGCGGCAGUGCUGGUAGUCAGCAGAGUGAAGGAAGCAAGAGCAGCGGGUCUACCCGAAGCGCCGGUGGGAGCAGCCGUCGGGCCUUGGGGCGUGAGCAGGAGCGCCGGGCGGCUGGUGCGGGAGGCAGUGGCAGUGAGCUUGACCCCACAGCACUGAGUGGGGCGGGCAGCUGGCGGGAACGCCCGGCCAGCCAGCUCAGCCAUGGCAGCAGCCUCCGCAGCCAGGCUUCAGCGGUUGCACCUGGGCUGCCUCCCCUGUGCCCUGUGGCCAAGGCGUACGCAGCGGUGGGCGGGCCCCCUGGGGGCCCACCUGUGCGGGAGCUGGCAUCUGUGCCCCCUGAGCUCACAGGCAGCCGCCAGUCCUUCCAAAAGGCCAUGGGAAACCCCUGCGAAUUCUUCGUUGACAUCAUGUGA